AUGGCUGAAGCACGCGGAAAAGCAUGGCCUCUUGCAGAUGAGGGCCUAACAAACUCCAUCUUGGACUUGGUACAACAGGCCGGUCAGUACAAACAACUAAAAAAAGGUGCCAAUGAAGCGACCAAGACCCUCAACCGUGGUGUGGCGGAGUUCAUCGUCCUCACCGCAGAUACCGAGCCUCUCGAAAUUCUUUUGCACCUUCCCCUUCUUUGCGAGGAAAAGAAUGUUCCAUACGUGUUCAUUCCUUCCAAGGCAGCCCUUGGACGUGCAUGCAAUGUGUCCAGGCCUGUCAUCGCUGCCAGCGUCACGACCAGCGAGGCCAGGGAGCUGCAAAGCCAGAUCCGCAAUGUCAAGAUUGCGAUCGAAAAGUUGAUGUUCUGA